AAUUGGGUGACAAUCACCUGUCGUUUAUCAAAAAACAAAGUGACAAUCACCUGUCAUUUCCACGAGCUAAGAGACAAAUAAAAACUAGCCACACUGAAUGAAAUCUGUGGGGUAGCUGAUGGAUCUCACCGGCUAGCUUGCUCGUCGUCUUCUGCAAGUGCACCAAGUUGUAGAUCUCUUUAAGGAAAAAGGUGUGGCUGAAGCAGAACCUGGGGCCGGCGAGGAAACAGGGCGGCGCCAUGACGCACGAUGCAGCCGCCGAAGCCACCACCACGAAGCUGCUCGCCGUGCUCGAGAAGCCACGGCGGAACAUGUACGCCUUCGCCUGCGUCACGCUCGCCUCCAUGACCACAAUCGUCACAGGCUACAAUCUCGCCUUGAUGAGCGGCGCGGAGCUCUUCAUCCGCGAGGACCUGGGCCUCACCGACACGCAGGUCGAGCUGCUCGCGGGGUCCAUGAACGUGUUCAUGCUCGCGUCCCUCCUCUUCUCCGGCUGGACGGCCGACCUCCUGGGCCGCCGCGUCACGCUUGUGGUCGCCAACGCCUUCCUCACGGCCGGCGCGCUCGCCAUGUCCCUUGGCGGCUACGCGGCGCUCAUGGCUGCGCGCUUCGUCACCAGCAUCGGCAUGGGGCUCGCCCUCGUCGUCGCGCCGGUCUACAACGCCGAGAUCUCGCCGCCGUCCACGCGUGGCGUGCUCUCGUCGCUGCUCGACAUUUUUAUCAACGUCGGCAUCCUUCUCGGCUACACGUCCAACUACGCCUUGGCCGGCCUGCCGGCGCACCUCGCCUGGCGCAUCAUGUACGCCAUCGGGGUGCUCCCGCCCGUGCUCCUAGCCGUGGGGGUGCUCGCCAUGCCGGAGUCGCCUCGAUGGCUCGCCAUGCGCGGACGCCACGCCGAGGCGCGCGCGGUGCUCUGGCGCACCUCCGACACCGCCGAGGAGGCCGACGUCCGCCUCGAGGACAUAAAGCGGGCCUUUGAUGCGCCGCAGGCUGCUGGCUCCGUAUGGCAGGAGCUGAUCGUCCGGCCGUCGGCGACAGUCAGGCGAAUCCUCAUAUGCGUUGUCGGGCUGCACUUCUUCCAGGAGGCGUCCGGCAUCGACGCCGUCGUUCUGUACAGCCCGCUGGUGUUUAACAAGGCCGGCAUGUCCGCGACUAGCUCCAUACUAGGCGCCACCGUGGCCGUCGGGGUCGUCAAGACGUGCUUCAUCUUCGUGGCCAUGCUCCUGGUCGACCGCGUAGGCCGGCGCCCGCUCCUGCUGGCCAGCGCCGGCGGCGUCGCGGUGUCCUUCACCGCUCUGGCGCUCACGCUCUGCGUCCGCGAGACAUCGUCGGCGAGCGCAGCCGCGUCCGUGGCGUCCGUGAUGGCGUUCGUGGCGGCGUUCUCCGUCGGGUUCGGGCCGCUCGCGUCCACGUACGCCGCGGAGAUCAUGCCGCUGCGGCUGCGCGCGCAGGGCGCGAGCCUCGGCAUGGCGGUCAACCGGCUGACGUGCGGGGCGGUGAGCAUGUCGUUCAUAUCCCUCGCCGGGUGGAUAACGAUGCCUGGGUGCUUCUUCCUUUAUGCCGGCGUGGCGGCGACGGCGUGCGUGUUCGUGCACCUGCGGCUGCCGGAGACGAGGGGCCGGAGCUUGGAGGAUAUGGAGGCCCUCUUCGCCAAAUGACGGACGUGUCCACUCACUCCUUGAGAGCUGAAAAUAUUGGCGCAGACAGCCACGAUUUGUCACCUGCAUCCGCAUGGGGUUCGCCGUAAUCGUCGCGCCGGUCUACAACGCCAAGAUCCCACCGCCGUCCAUGCCGGGUUUCGUGGCCAGGACUCGAUUUGACUUGUGGAGUUUAAACGUCUCUUGAUAGUAUUAUACUUUUGCCGGAUAUUUAUCAACCGUCGGCAUCCUUCUCGGCCACCUUGGCCGGCCUGCCGGUGCACCUCGGCUGGUGCUCCAUGCACGUCAUCGGGGGUGCUUCUAGAGUGUGAAGAAACAACGACUAAUAACAAUUGUGUCACAUGUUGGCUUUGCCAUCAGCAUUCACUUUCUUUGAAGAUU